AAAGAAAAAAUAAAGAAAAAAAGCAAAAUUGCAGAAGUGUCUUUUGCUUUUCUUUUUCUCUAAUUAGUUCAACGUUCUUAUUCUGUAGAUGCAACGGCUAGACGUGCUAAUUAAUCUCUUGUUUACAAAACAAUACCAUUAAAAAGCGAAAUUAGUUAAUUCUUCCUAUAAUGUGAUUAACUCAAAAGAAAACGACGAUAAUUUCCUCUAGCUAGUGAAAAAGGCAUCAACAAAUUUAGCUUGUGCAGUUAUGCUUCCCUCAUACGAACGUGUUGGCGGUCCAAAGCCUAAAAUCCAAAUCGCAUUUGGUCGUUUUGCUAUUUACACAGUCUGCUUGCCACUGCUGAGUUUUAUAUUCUGCGUUAUUUGGUCGGUGUUGUUCUUCUUCGAACGAUCCACCUUUACCCAUUGUGAUGUUCCCAAUUACCUUCCGUCCAUAUCCGCGGCAAUUGGGAGUUACCAGCCACAGCGAUUUGUGUGGCAGCUGGCCAUUUGCAUCCAUCUUCUACCCAGACUAGGCGUAGCCAAGAUGUACGUAGAGUAUUACCAUGAAAUUAUUCGAUUUAAGUUUAUGCCACUGGCACACUUCGCUUGUCUACUCAAUGUCAUCGAAAAUCUAGCCCUUCUCGGGUUAUCAAUGUGGACUUCGAGUGACAGUUACGAAACGCACAAAUUCUGUUUUAUUUUAUUUAUUGCAACGAGCGAGAUUUACAUGUUGAUAUCGUAUUUUCUCAAUAAACUUGGCAAGAAGAUGACGACGUCAACUAGACAGGAAGAACUGGCCUUGAAGUACAAGGGCAGUUUGUUUCUUAUCAAUAUAAUAGCCUUUGCCAUGGCUGGGUAUUUCUUUGUGCGGCACAACAACCACUGUGAACCAGGUGUUUAUACGUACUUUGCAUUCUUCGAGUACAUAGUUGUGCUGACCAACAUGGGCUAUCACAUGACGGCGUAUUGGGACUUUUUCGGACGCACUCUCUCAUUCGAUUGGGAGAACGGGCUUUACUUUACACGGUCAUAGACCAAAAUUAUAGUGCAUUUUACUUAAUUUUUAUUAGAAAUAUACAUACCAAGCAAACAUAGUUUGCAACCCAAA